AUGCCCAAGACUCGCAAUGUAACACGCUCCCAACGGGGCGCAGCGAACCCCUCACAAUCCACCAGGAGGAACAACGCUGAGAACAUCGUGGGGCACGAGAGCGAGAAGGAAAAUGCUGGACAGGCCAACAGAGGACAGACGCGGACCCACCGUCGACCUACACUUGGAGGAACUACCACCACCACCACGAGUGUAUCCCGAGGACCAGGGGGGAAAACGGCGACCAGACCCAAGGUUCCACCCAAGGGUAAACCAACCGCCCAGCUGAAGGAGAAGAAGUUGCCGCUGCAGGACAUUACUUCCCAGUUUCUGCCCGCAACAGAGGCGAUGAAUCGAGGAGAGAGCCACCACACUGUCGACGAUGAGCCCCAGGAUGUCGGUGAGCCCACCAUUGCUGCUCUGCCACCAGCAUCCGAAGUGGCUGUCCCCGCCCCGCCUGCAUUCGCAUCGCCCCUUCCACCCUCUUCACCACCUUCCGAACUCUCAUCUCCAUUCUAUACCCGUCAGGAAAUCGCAGCUACUCUCUCCGCAGUCCUCUUCUCCCCUACGAAGCCCGAGAGCCGGGUAGCUCAUGAUCCAUGGCAGGAGCUCGACGACGCCCGUCCUGCAUCGCGCCGCCAUACCCCAGGAAGCUCUGGGUCAGACCCCUUCGGCUUCGUCGCUCUCGAACGCAAGCUCAAGAAGGAUCGCAAGGCAGUGGCACCACACGAUGAUGCCCCCGCCGACGAUGAUGACGACCUUGGCGAGGUCCUAGUCGCCGAUACUUCCUCUCCACGCCCUGUCCGCCGCCUCAAGCGCGUGCACGACGAUGAACCACUCCCAGAAGUCGAAGAGGGUGGCAGCGAUGAUGCAGAGCCGGUCGUAUCGCAUCCCCACUUCCCGAUCCCCGAUACUCCCCACAAGGACAAGCAGAAGCGACGCCGGCUGUCGCACGAGGGUCACGACGUCUUCAGCCCAUGCUCGUCGUCUAUCCAGAGCUCGCCGUCGCCUACCAAGGCGUCCGCCCGCAAGGUACCCCGGCCCACACCACACGAAGACCCCUUAGAGGAGUUCAAUGAGGAGGUCGAGCGCAGCUUCGCGGAAGAAGCUGUCCCUGCGGCGAGCGACGAUGCGAUCGCGAAGCACUUACGGCCCCGCGCAAAGCCUUCCGCUGCUGCUCUAACGAACGAUGGUGAGCAGGAACAUGCGGAUCGGAAGAAGACGAAGAGUUCUAACAAAGCCAAGACGCCAGCGAAGAAGCCCGCGAGCAAGUCUCGACGCGCUCCUGCUAAGAAACAAGAGAAAGCUGUCGAGGAGGACGGAGAGGAUGUUGAAGAGAAAUGGGAACGCGAGCGUCAAGAGCGCGUCGAAUAUUUUAAACGCUUGGAUGAUUACAAAGUCGAGAAGGAGGACGUCUACAUCAUCUAA